AUGGAAAAUUUCAGGAAGACCUUAGAUCAUUGUCAUCUUAGUGCAAUUCCUUGUAAGGGUGAUGUAUACACCUGGACUAAUAAAAACCACCAUGGGAAUAUUGUUAGAGAAAGGCUUGAUAGAGGUUUCAUCAAUCACAAGUGGUCUGAAUUCUUCAUUGAAGAUCCUAUAUCUCAUCUUGAUUUUUACCACUCGGAUCAUCGAGCUUUAGCAUAUAUUGUAUCACAAUCGGUGUCUACUGCUCAAUCUCAUCAGAGGCAUACUCGGUUUCGUUUUGAACAAUUUUGGCUCAAGGAUGUUGACUGCCGAAACAUCAUUCAGGAGUCUUGGCACCAUAUGGCUUCGGACAAUCCUACCUCUUCGCUGCUGCAUAAUAUUGCAGCAAGUUCGGCUGCUCUUCAAGAUUGGAAUCUUAGGAAGUAUGGACAAAUGGGAAGAGAUAUAUCUGCAGCUCAUAAAAUAUCAGCACACCUUCACAAUAGCCAUAACAACUCGGCUGCCCAUCUUCAACAAGUGGAAAAUGCUGAUAAAAUAUUGGAUGAAUUACUGGAAAAAGAGGAACUUUAUUGGCAGCAGCGAGCAAGGGUCGACUGGCUUCAAAGUGGGGAUUCGAAUACCAAAUUUUUCCAUUCUCGAGCUAAAACCAGAAACAAGAAUAAUAAGAUUAAAAAGUUACAAGCUGAGAAUGGUGGUGUUGUUCAUACUUAG